AUGGCGGCCCGAGCUCCUAAAGUGGUGAGGUCAUCUGCCUCUCUGCAAACCGGCUGCAACCGAAGAGGCGCCAUCUUCACACGGCCCAAAGACUCCACAGCCAUGUUCCCCAGCGCACUAACGCAGCUGGCCCGGGCUAACCCGUUCAGCGCCCCCCUCUUCACCCUGCAGAAGGUGGACGAGACCCCGCAGAGGCUCCAGGACACUCGGGGGCCCCGGAGACUAGCAGCAGCAGCCGCCGCCGCCGAUGAGGACAGCUGUGAGUUCGGCUCUCAGAAGUACCUGUUGCUGUGUGGCUUCGGGGGCAUCCUGAGCUGUGGCACCACGCACACAGCCGUGGUGCCUCUGGACCUGGUCAAGUGCAGAAUGCAGGUGAGUCCAGACAAAUACAAGAGCAUCGGGAAGGGCUUCUCAGUGACUCUGAAGGAAGAUGGCGUCAGAGGCCUGGCUAAAGGCUGGGCUCCCACCUUCAUCGGUUACUCCAUGCAAGGCCUGUGCAAGUUUGGCUUCUACGAAGUGUUCAAGAUCUUCUACGCCGACUUAUUGGGAGAGGAGAACACAUACCUGUGGAGAACCUCUCUGUACCUGGCGGCUUCAGCCAGUGCAGAGUUCUUUGCAGACAUCGCUCUGGCGCCCAUGGAGGCGGCUAAAGUGCGGAUCCAGACCCAGCCCGGUUACGCCAACACUCUGAGAGAAGCCGCCCCCAAGAUGUACGCCGAGGAAGGUCUGUGGGCGUUCUACAAAGGCGUGGUCCCUCUGUGGAUGAGGCAGAUCCCCUACACCAUGAUGAAGUUUGCCUGCUUCGAGCGCACCGUGGAGCUGCUCUACAAACACGUGGUGCCCAAGCCCCGCAACGAGUGCUCCAAGGGCGAGCAGCUCGUGGUCACCUUCGUGGCUGGAUACAUCGCUGGUGUAUUCUGUGCCAUCGUGUCCCAUCCGGCUGACUCUGUGGUGUCGGUGCUGAACAAAGAGAAGGGCAGCACUGCUGUGGGAGUGCUCAAGAAGCUGGGGCCCAAAGGCGUGUGGAAGGGUCUGGUGGCUCGUAUCAUCAUGAUUGGAACUUUGACCGCUCUGCAGUGGUUCAUCUACGACUCGGUGAAGGUCUACUUCCGCCUGCCCCGCCCCCCUCCCCCAGAGAUGCCAGAGUCCCUGAAGAAGAAGCUGGGUCUCACAGAAACACAGGACCCCCAGGACCCACCGGAGACUCAGGACCAGACUCAGGACCACACGCUCAUUCAGAUCACCAUGGCCUCUGUGAUGGAGCAGCUCCUCAGUCCUCGCGCCUCCUCCUCCGUGGAGCCGCCUCGGAACAAAGUGACGGUGGUGGGAGUCGGACAGGUCGGAAUGGCCUGUGCUGUCAGCAUCCUACUGCGGGACCUGUGUGAUGAGCUGGCCCUGGUGGACGUGAUGGAGGACCGUCUCAAAGGAGAGUUGAUGGAUCUACAGCACGGAAGUCUGUUUCUCAAGACCUCCAAGAUCGUCGCAGACAAGGACUAUGUGGUGACGGCUGGUUCUCGCCUGGUGGUGGUGACUGCGGGGGUGAGGCAGCAGGAGGGGGAGAGUCGCCUCAACCUGGUCCAGAGGAACGUCAACGUCUUCCGCUCCAUCAUCCCCCAGAUCGUCAAGCACAGCCCGGACUGCACACUCAUCGUAGUCUCUAACCCCGUGGAUGUGUUGACAUAUGUGACCUGGAAGUUGAGUGGUUUUCCCAAACACCGCGUCAUCGGCAGCGGCACAAACCUGGACUCGGCUCGGUUCCGGUUCCUGAUGUCGGAGCGUCUCGGGGUCCACACCAGCUCCUUCAACGGCUGGGUCCUGGGGGAGCACGGGGACACCAGCGUCCCUGUGUGGAGCGGAGCUAACGUUGCCGGAGUGAACCUCCAGAAGCUGAACCCUGACAUCGGCACAGACUCAGACCAGGAGCAGUGGAAGGAGACGCACAAGGCUGUGGUGGACAGUGCGUACGAGGUCAUCAGGUUGAAGGGUUACACAAACUGGGCGAUCGGUCUGAGCGUCGCUGACCUCACAGAGAGCAUCGUGAAGAACAUGAGCCGAGUACAUCCUGUCUCCACCAUGGUCCAGGGCAUGCUGGGUAUCCGUGAGGAGGUCUUCCUGUCCCUGCCCUGCGUCUUGAACGGCAGCGGCGUGAGCAGCGUGGUGAACGUGACCCUGACGGAGGCCGAGGUCACGCAGCUGAAGAAGAGCGCGGACACUCUGUGGGGCAUCCAGAAGGACCUCAAGGACCUCUGA